GUACAUAACGUUCAAACAGCAUGGCUUUGAGCUGAGGCACACCGAAUUCCCAAAGUUUUAUACAUCCUCUGCCCUAUUAUUUACAGCUUAUAGCGUUCGGAGCUGAGGAAAGAUGAGAAAAAGUAUGUUUUCUGUUGGAACGGGACUUGGGACUUAAGUUCAAUGCUAUUCCUCUCCGAAAAAGUAGGCGGUAAUUGUCAGUAGAAGAUGGCGAUCAGCGAUUAGUCGCCAAAUGAAUGCGUUCCAUUGGAGGGGCACCUGGGAUUGAUGAGGAGCGGCGGCCAAUGAGAGAGCGUCAAAUGAAUGACCGGGCUCCAGUUAAAGGGGGCGUAAGAGGAGGUAGUGCCAGUCCACUGAGAAAGAGGGACUCUCCGAGAUAAACAUAGACAAGCGAAAGAAAUAAACAUUCCAAUUCGAGAUGCUUCAAGAACAAGGAAGACUCAGUAAGAUAAUUACUCGUAUAUUCUUGUAAUCUGAACACAACGACAUCGACUCAAUUUGAAAGGAAAAGCGCAAAGGAAUCUUCGCAUUUUGUUGCAUUGGGGAUUUUGAGUAACAAGUUAUCCACAAGAAAAAUAUAGACUAACUCAAUGCGAAAAGCUUUUUUCCAAUGAGCGGAUCGAACUUCAUCGCCUCAUGACGUGUUAUCAAAUCUGGAAGUUAAUAUUCCCGUAGUGCCUUCAAUUUUAUUUCGUGCUUUAUUAACGCGCCUUGCAUAGAUUGCUUUAAAGAGAAUUGGUUUUGGUUAACGAAAGAAUGUUACUGGACGCUGGGCACCAGUUCCCUGGUUUGGGAGUGGGCACCUUUGCCAGGCAUCACCACUCCUCCAGUGAGAUGCAGGACAGAGAUUUGAGUUUAGCGCAGAACAGCUUCGUAGACUCGGCGCACAUGGGCGCCUUCAAACUGAACCACGAUCUCUCUCCCGGACAGAGUUCUGCAUUCACGAGCCAAGCGCCCGCUUACCCCGCUGCAGCUCUGGGCGCGCACGCGGCUCAUGUCACAUCAUACGCAAGCUCGCCGUUUAACUCCACGCGGGACUUUCUCUUUCGCAGCCGUGGAUUCGGGGAAUCAUCACCGGCGGGCGGGCAGCAUGCUCUUUUCGGCCCCACGGCCGGCUCCCUCCAUCACUCCCAUACAGAGAGCCAAGGCCACAUUCUGUUUCCUGGCAUCCAUGAGCAGCAUGGAUCUCACGGCUCCCCAAACGUGCUCAACGGGCAGAUGCGACUCGGACUACCGGGGGAGGUUUUCGGGCGAUCAGAUCAGUACCACCAGGUCUCCAGCCCGAGGACCGACCCCUACUCAGCCGCCCAGCUGCACAACCAAUACGGCUCCAUGAACAUGAACAUGGGGAUGAAUAUGGCAGCGCAUCACCAUCACCCUGGUGCCUUCUUUCGAUACAUGCGGCAGCAGUGCAUUAAACAAGAGCUCAUCUGUAAGUGGAUCGAUCCGGAGCAGCUCAGCAAUCCCAAGAAGAGUUGCAAUAAAACUUUCAGCACCAUGCACGAGCUGGUCACCCAUGUAUCGGUCGAGCAUGUUGGAGGACCCGAACAGAGCAACCACGUCUGCUUUUGGGAAGAGUGCCCCCGGGAAAGCAAACCCUUUAAAGCCAAAUACAAACUGGUCAAUCACAUUCGCGUGCAUACGGGAGAAAAACCGUUCCCUUGCCCCUUCCCUGGAUGUGGCAAAGUCUUUGCAAGAUCGGAAAAUCUGAAGAUUCACAAGAGAACACACACAGGGGAGAAACCGUUUCAGUGCGAGUUUGAAGGAUGCGAUCGGCGCUUUGCAAACAGCAGUGACCGAAAGAAGCACAUGCACGUUCACACGUCAGACAAACCGUAUCUGUGCAAAAUGUGUGACAAGUCCUACACUCACCCCAGCUCUCUUCGAAAACAUAUGAAGGUUCAUGAGUCUUCUCCACCUGCAUCUGACUCGUCGCCAGCGGCAAGUUCUGGUUAUGAGUCCUCAACACCCCCUGGUUUGGUGUCUCCCUCCACUGAGACCCAAAGCAACAACAAUCUGUCGCCUUCCUCAACGGUGCACAGUUCCAACAACCACAGCAGUUUAUCGUCCAAUUUCAGUGAAUGGUAUGUUUAAGACUGUAGGAGGAACCAUUUCAGAAAAGCAGGAGAUAAAUACUGCUUGUACAAAACGAACGCUCCUAUAAUAUGCGCUUGUCCGGAUUUAAUAUUCCCACAUCAGCAGAAGAGACGUGCGCAAAAGCACUAAACAGCCUCUUUUUGUACAUACUACACGCGCUCUUUCACAGUGGUUGUAAUAGACUGUCGGUUUUUUGGUGUAUAGAUGUUCCUUCAAUGGUAGCUAUUUCUCUAACUGGACUUUUUAGUGCACAUAUUACCAUAAAGUUGUAUUAUCAUAAUGAAUAUUGUGAUCCAUUAAAGCAAACUGAUUGUAAUUAAACAUCUAUUAACUGGAAAGAGUGCCAAAGUCAACGUUUAACGAAGACAGACACAAUGCUUGCUUGUGAAUGUAUAUCUUAGUUUGCUGGGCUUAACUUGUGAUGUUUUGUGCUUUGCAAGUUUGAAUUGUGAAAUAUAUUUGGAAGAUUGUGGGGGAAAUUAAUGUCGUGCCGUUAAAUAUCUGUAACUACACCCAUCUUUUUGUAAAUAUCGACUGCCAUAUUUAUCCAUUUGUAAUUAAAUUAUGGUAUUUACUUGCUACAAAUGAAACAAUAUUUAUAAAGAAUGUUUCUUUACUAUAAAUAUGUACAAUGAUGGGCUGAACAGGGGCAGUUGUUUUGGUAUAUGUGUUUUUGUUCAAAGUUUAAAAAGUGUUUUCUCCAUUAUUGUGAUAAGAAUUUACUGCAUACAGAUAUAAUAAAAUGUGGUGCAAGUGUACAAUCUUUACAA